AUGAGGCUUCAGUCUCCAUGCGUGUCUCCUUCUCCUGGAGCAGUGCUGGUGUUGCACUCGUUGCUUCUUGAGUUUCCAUUGGCGAUAGCCUUCGCUGAACAGCUGCUAACCUACAAUGUAGGAGAAACCAUAGAGCGCUCUGAGGAUGAGCUGGACACGGUGCCCACUUCUGUGCUCAUUCAGGUCGUGGAGCUGCUAGUGCCAGAAGAGAAGUUUUUGACGCUGGAAGUUUUCCACAAGUUUACUCUAGACAGAGCCAAGCAGGACAUCCGCAGUGUUUGGCGGGCGAUCCUGGCCUGUGGAUAUGACCUGCACUUUGACAGGUGUCCCAGUGGAGAGUUUGCAUCUGCGCUUUGCUCUGCUACAGUCUCUAAACAGCACACUGGAGAGCUCCUUCUGCCUUUAAUGGAGCUGAGACUCACACAAACCUACCAGAACAGCAUCGGCACGCUUCUGUGCGAGGCCAAAGGGAGCUGCUGCGCUGUGAAAGUGCUCUGGUGCGUCUGUACUGCCGCAUGGCCCUCCUCAACAUCUUUGCCCCCAAGAGUCCUCACACAUUCACACACCUCUUCCACAUCCCUGCAGUGCGUGACAUCACACUUGAAUAUCUGCAGCUCCUGUCCAAUCAGCUGCUGACUCCGCCUCUGCCAGGUGAUGUCAUACCAAUAUGUUGAAGAGCACUAUUUUACAUGCAUAACAGCAAUGUUAGAAGAUUUAUAAGAAUAACUUGACAAGAUUUUAAAAUAUUUUUUGAGAAUUUAUUAAUAUUUACUAAUGAGCAAAAAUGAUGUAAAUACACAUAUUUGGAAAUUAAGCUUUUUUAAAAGUGUUUAAGCAUAUUUUAGCUCUUCACUAUAAGGUCCCAUUAGUUAAUGCAUUAACUAUCAUUAAAUAGCAAAGAACAAUUCUUUUGUUUUACACUAUAUAUUAGUGUUUAUUAAGAUGCUAAAUGUCAUGUUUGAGGGAAAAAGUUUUCUUUUAUUUGAAAUUGAAGCAUUAUUUAAAUAUUUGUCGUUAGUUUCCUUGAAUACAACAAGUUGUUGAAGCAUUUGUGUUUUUAAGCACUCUACAAUAAGCUCCCAUUAGUUCACAUUAGUUUGUUCACUUGACAUGGAUUAGAAUGUUUUUGAGGUUACUUUUAAUGUACAAUGUAUAAUUCUAAUGCAUAAUUCUAAUUUGUUAAAUCCUAUUA